UUAUUUUUCUGACGGCUCAUUUGCCGAAUGUGUUAAAGGAAGCGGAAACCCGACUGCUGGCCGUCCCAACACUCUACCGUUUGUUGGCCAGACAAAGAAGGGUCGAGAAAAAAAUUUGUUACAGAAUCAAUGAUUGAACUAACCUGACACUAUUCAUCCAAGAUGUCAAAAAGACCAUCCUAUGCGCCACCUCCUCCUCCCGCGCCAACAACACAAAUGCCCAGCACCCCCGGGUUUGUGGGAUACAACCCAUACAGCCAUCUGGCCUACAACAACUACAGGCUGGGAGGGAACCCCGGUAGCAACAGCCGGGUCACGAAUUCUUCCGGAAUAACAAUUCCAAAGCCACCCAAACCUCCAGAUAAGCCUUUGAUGCCAUACAUGAGGUAUAGCAGAAAGGUUUGGGACCAAGUAAAAGCCUCGAAUCCAGACUUGAAGCUAUGGGAGAUUGGCAAGAUCAUCGGUGGCAUGUGGCGAGACCUCACUGAUGAGGAGAAGCAGGAAUACCUCAAUGAAUAUGAAGCAGAAAAGAUUGAGUACAAUGAAUCCAUGAAAGCCUACCACAAUUCACCUGCCUACUUGGCCUAUAUUAACGCCAAGAGCCGUGCAGAAGCGGCCCUGGAGGAAGAGAGCCGACAGAGGCAAUCCCGCAUAGAAAAGGGGGAGCCUUACAUGAGCAUUCAGCCUGCAGAGGACCCUGACGAUUAUGACGACGGCUUCUCACUGAAGCACACGGCAGCAGCCCGUUUUCAGAGGAACCAUCGGCUUAUUGGAGAAAUUCUAAGCGAGAGUGUGGUGCCUGAUGUGCGCUCUGUGGUGACGACUGCUCGCAUGCAGGUCCUGAAACGCCAAGUCCAGUCUUUAAUGGUUCACCAGAGAAAAUUGGAAGCUGAACUUCUACAGAUUGAAGACCGCCAUCAGGAAAAGAAGAAAAAAUUUUUGGAGACAACCGACUUAUUCAACAGCGAACUGAAGCGGUUGUGCGGCCUCAAGGUUGAAGUUGACAUGGAGAAGAUUGCGGCAGAAAUUGCAGCUGCCGAGGAGGCUGCCAGGAAGCGCCAGGAGGAUCGGGAGAGAGAAGCUGCAGAGCAGGCGGAGAAAGCCGCAGCUGCGGCCGCCCUGGAAGAGGAACAGCAAGCCGCUGCAGCCAGUCGAGUAGCGGAGGAGGAAGAGGAAAAAAAGGAAGAUGAAGACGAAGAAGCUGAAUCCACACCUAUGGAAACGGAAGAAGCACGACCAGAAGAGGUGCUGGAAAGCCAACAGAACAGCGAGGAAGGAGCGUCAACUACAGAAGAUAAGGAGAGUAUGCCAGAAGGGGUGGACAGUGCCAUGGAGGAGGGGACGAGUGACAGUAAUACAGGCUCAGAAAGCAAUGGCCUCCUGACUGAAGAUCAGCAUAUUGACCCCAUAUCUGAUGAGGCAGACAGAGGGGAGAAAAAAUAGUAGCAGUCUGGUGUAGCGUGUCCUUGGGUUAGUAUUGUCGUUGUCUCGUGGGACUCUCUAGUGUUAGUCCAUUUUUAAAAAAACUCCACGUUAAAGUAGUCGGAGCUGGUCAGGCAUCGGAACGCGAGUAUCUGCCACGUUUACAGCCUCGCAACACUAUAGGCAUUCCCUCACACUGCCCUUGUGGUGGUGAAAACGAAGAAGUGUUUUUAACUUCAGGUUAUUAUGAGCAUGGAGAUGUUUGUUGUGUUUUUUU